GCAGGGUCCCGAAAUUGGUGGCUUGGACCCGGGGACCUUGGAGCUUGGGGGCUUGGACCCGAAAACCUUGGGGCUUGGGGGCUUGGAUCCUGGAACCUUGGAGUUUGGGCUGGAACCUUGGAGCUUGGGGGCUUGAACCCGGGAAUUGGUUGCUUGGACCUGGGAAUUGAAGGCUUGGACCCUGGAACCUUGGAGCUUAGAGGCUUGGACCCGGGAAUUGGUGGCUUGGACCUUGGAAUUGAGGGCUUGGACCCUGGAACCUUGGGGCUUAGGGGCUUGGACCCGGGAAUUGACCCGGGAAUUGGGGGCUUGGACUUGGGAAUUGAGGGCUUAGACCCUGGAACCUUGGAGCUUGGGGGCUUGGACCCGAAAACCUUGGAGCUUGGGGGCUUGGACCCGGGAAUCUUGGAGCUUGGGG